AUGAGGUUGCCUUACGGUAUGGUCAUAAACUUCGAAGAUUUAUGAACUCCUGAAUCUCAGCUGAAAACUUGAUGGUACGGCGCAAUCCGUAAAAACGAGCAAAAAGACAAAUGCUUUAUAUUAAAACUCAACGGCCGAUUUGCCUAUGCCAACGAAAAACUUGAAUUCACUCCAAACAUCAACGAGGACGCCUUAGCUUUAUCUAAAAAAUUAACAAAUGACUCAUAUCGCCAGCUAAAAUGGGCAAACAGAAUUUCCCUGCUAGCUUCAUACUGAACCAACAUGGCAAAGACAAUGAACAGCUUAACACCUGAAGAAUUUGAAGAAGAAAAAGAAAAGCUCAGAAAAUACAUCCCAGACGCCAUCAUUAACAACCAAAACUUUUUUUCUGAAUUGCUGAAAAAUAUAAACACCAUGGACUACCCCAAUUACAGUUGGUUCAAGCCCAUCAAGCCAAGGCCAGCAAUUUUAUUUUAUUUAGCUGACAAAGAUAAAUUAUGCAUACACACUGCAUAUGCCCAAUAUAAAAAUUCUCCUUAUCCUAAUAGAGGGGACUAUGACGAUCUGCCUGAGGAGCUUAAAGAGUUAUAUGAGGAAAUUUAUAGACUAGACAAAAUUAGGUACCAUGCAGAAUUACUGAAAUGCUCAAAUGCACAGUAUUUGAAUUAUUUAACAGAGGUCAUUUCUUUAGGAGAUGUAUUUAAAUGUCCAUUAGCAAACGGAUUAGGAGAAAACACAAGGAUGAGGAAAAAGGUGUCGGUCUUUAUGCAGAUUAAAAUUGAAAACUGGAUUAGUGCACUUAUGAAAAAAAUGGAAGAAUUGUUUAGGAAAGCACGAUGAGGCAACAGAAAAAAUUCAGUUUUAAAGCUGGCUGUUAAUGAGUGCCUUACGAAAUUCCCAAAAGAUCCAGAAAGUCCAAUUGUGCAUUAUACAAUGUGUGGAGAAAAUUUGAAUGAAAAUAAGCCUGUGCUUUAUAUAAUUGAACAAUCAAUUUUCCAUCAGGAGUCUUGGCUGGAGGCGAAUGAAAACACUGAGGAGCCUGCCAAUUUUCUUAGUGACCCACUGUUUUUGCCGUAUAUGUGUGUGAAUUUAGGACAUGGAAUUAAGGCGAAACUGUAUGAAAUAGAAGAUGCUUUAUUUGAUAUUGGACGGUAA